GCGGGGACGGUGCUCCGCGGAGCGCUCUCCGCAGCCUGGCAGCAGCCCUCCGCCCCGCGGAAAGCGGGGGCCCUGAUCCGUGCGCUUCACACCCAACCACCCCAAGGCUGGCGUGAGGGGUCAGCUGAUCCCGCCGGGCCGGCUUUUGUCGCCACUUCCCGCGGCCUGGCUCCUGGGUCCGGCCACAAGGUCCCAUGGCUGCUCCCGAGCUGGCACUGGUGUCAUUCGAAGACGUGGCCGUGACCUUCACCAGGGAGGAGUGGAGACAUCUGAACCUGGCCCAGAGGACCUUAUACCAGGAGGUGACGCUGGAGACUUGUGGGCUCCUAGUCUCUCUGGGGCAUCCUGUCCCCAAACCAGAGCUGAUCUAUCUACCAGAACUUGGGCAAGAACUACGGACAGUGAGGAGAAGCCGCUCCCAACACGCCCGUGGAGGUGACAGAGUGAAACCCACAACCACAGAGCCUGCUGCUGCCCAGCAGGCUUCCACCAAGGAAGCCUCCUCUGAGGAAUGCGUAACAGACAGCGCCUCGAGGGAGGUGAUCCUGGAGCAUCAAGAACUGGGCCCUGGUCCGGCACAAGCAGAUUCAUACCGGGGUAAAACCCUAUGA